AUGCGUGUCCAGAGCUAUGCCGCAGGUGCGCUAUUCGCGCUGCCCGCACUCGCGCAGACUACCAACACCACUCUUAGCACAGAUCCCUUCAAGAUCUGGAACAUCACCGCAACCAACAUCACCGCCUCUUUCGUUGGAUACGGUGCGCGAACCCAGGCAAUCUAUGUUCCAGACAGCAAUGGCACCCUCCAAGACGUGGUCGUCGGUUAUGAUACCGGCAAGGCGUACUUGCACGACAGCGAGACCAACCACACCUAUUUCGGCGCGACUGUUGGUCGCUAUGCAAAUCGUAUCAAGAAUGGCACUUUUACCAUUGAUGGUAAUACUUACCAGAUUCCCGAGAAUGAGAAUAAUGGACAUGACACGCUCCAUGGUGGCUUCGUGGGCUACGAUCAGCGCAAUUGGACUGUCACUGCCUACGCAAACGACAGUAUCACCUUCUCUCUGCUAGACCCCGGCUGGCAGAACUUUCCUGGAGCCGUCCUCACUCAUGUCACCUUUACAGUAGGUAAUGAGGUAACACCAGUUAACCCGAAGGGCCUUCCUCAAUUAACCUCCAGAAUCGUGUCUCUCUCCUUGACCGAGAAGACGCCCAUCAUGUUGGCCAACCACAUCUACUGGAACUUGGGGGCAUUUCAAGUGCCGACUAUCCUCAACGACACCUUACACAUGCCUCUCGCAUCUCGAUACGUCCAAGGUGACAACAUUGAGAUCCCCAAUGGCACCAUCGCUGAGGUUAGCGUCUCCUAUAACGGAGCUCUUGACUAUACGUAUCCCAAACAAAUCGGUGCCAACUUGGAUGACACUACCGGGGCCUGUGGCUAUAACUGCACCGGUGUUGAUAACUGCUUCAUCAACACGCGCGACCCCUAUUACCAACCCGACUCCCUCGUUCCCAUCAUCCACCUCUCCUCGCCAGCAACGGGCAUUACUCUGGACGUUGCCACAAACCAAGCCGCUGCCCAGAUCUACACAUGCAAUGGUCAAAAUGGCACCAUUCCCAUCAAGUCGUCACAAAAGGCCGCCAAUGAAGCUGCCGGCAAGGGCGGUGUUGACUAUGUCAACAAAUAUGGCUGCAUCGUCAUCGAAACUGAGGGCUGGAUCGAUGCCAUCAAUUACCCUGAGUGGGGACAGCAGGAGAUUUAUGCUCCGUAUGAUGCACCGACGGUGAACUUGGCUACCUACCAAUUCGGUACUCUGUAG